AGGGAGGGAUGGAGGCGGCGGCGGCGGGUCCUCGGGGCCGCCGGGCUCGCUGAGGCGGAGAGACUACUGAGAGAGCAGCGGUCCGCCGUCCAUCUCCGCAGCCCGACGCCUCCCUGCCCGCUCCGGACCACCACCUCGGCGUCCCCCAGGCCCCGGCCCCGUCGUCCGCCAGUCCCGUCCGGCCAUGGCCACCGUGGUGAUCCCCCGGGAGGAGAAGCUGAGCCAGGAUGAGAUCGUGCUGGGCACCAAGGCGGUGAUCCAGGGCCUGGAGACCCUGCGCGGGGAGCACCGGGCCCUGCUGGCCUCCCUGCUGGACGGCGUGGCCGGCCGGGAGCCCGACGGGGGCCCGGAGCCCGCCGCUCAGGAGCGCUCCGGCCUCCUACGCCGAUCCCUGGAGGCCAUAGAGCUGGGGCUCGGGGAAGCCCAGGUGAUCCUGGCCCUGUCGGGCCACCUGGGCGCGGUGGAGUCGGAGAAGCAGAAGCUGCGGGCGCAGGUGCGUCGCCUGGUGCAGGAGAACCAGUGGCUGCGGGAGGAGCUGGCCGGGACGCAGCAGAAGCUGCAGCGCAGCGAGCAGGCCGUGGCCCAGCUGGAGGAGGAGAAGCAGCACCUCCUCUUCAUGAGCCAGAUCCGAAAGCUGGACGACGACGGGUCCCCCACCGAGGAGAAGGGGGACGUGUCGAAGGACUCCCUGGAUGACCUGUUCCCUAACGAGGACGAGCAGAGCCCAGCCCAGGGCCCGGGCGCGGGGGACGCCGCGGCCCAGCACGGGGGCUACGAGAUCCCGGCCCGCCUGCGCACGCUGCACAACCUGGUGAUCCAGUACGCCUCCCAGGGCCGCUACGAGGUGGCCGUGCCGCUCUGCAAACAGGCCCUGGAGGACCUGGAGAAGACGUCCGGCCACGACCACCCAGACGUGGCCACCAUGCUCAACAUCCUGGCCUUGGUCUAUCGAGACCAGAACAAGUACAAAGAGGCCGCUCACCUGCUCAAUGACGCUCUGGCCAUUCGCGAGAAGACCCUGGGCAAGGACCACCCGGCCGUGGCGGCCACACUGAACAACCUGGCGGUCCUGUAUGGCAAGAGAGGCAAGUACAAGGAAGCCGAACCUCUGUGCAAGCGGGCCCUGGAGAUCCGGGAGAAGGUGCUGGGCAAGUUCCACCCGGACGUGGCAAAGCAGCUGAACAACCUGGCGCUGCUCUGCCAGAACCAGGGCAAGGCAGACGAGGUGGAAUACUACUACCGGCGCGCCCUGGACAUCUACCAGGCCCGGCUCGGCCCCGACGACCCCAACGUGGCCAAGACCAAGAGCAAUCUGGCCUCCUGCUACCUGAAGCAGGGCAAGUACCAAGAUGCGGAGAUUCUGUACAAGGAGAUCCUGACCCGGGCCCAUGAGAAAGAGUUUGGCUCCGUCAACGGGGACAACAAGCCCAUCUGGAUGCACGCGGAGGAGAGGGAGGAGAGCAAGGACAGGCAAGAUGACAGCACCCUCCACGGGGAAUACAGCAGCUGGUACAGAGCCUCCAAGGUGGACAGCCCCACGGUGAACACGACCCUGCGCAGCCUGGGGGCCCUGUAUCGGCGCCAGGGCAAGAUGGAGGCCGCGCACACGCUGGAGGACUGCGCCAGCCGAAGCCGCAAGCAGGGCCUGGAUGCCGCCAGCCAGACCAAGGUGGUGGAACUGCUGAACCAGGGCGGGGGGCGAGGCGAGCGGCGGGCCGGCCGCGAGGGCGCCUCCUCCUCCUCCUCCUCCUCCUCCGCGGGGCCGCGGGCCGACGCCGAGCCCGACGACGUGGGGACCCCCGCCGAGUGGGCCGGGGACGGAAGCGGAUCCCUGCGGCGCAGCGGCUCUUUCGGGAAGCUCCGGGACGCCCUGAGGCGCAGCAGCGAGAUGCUGGUGAAGAAGCUACAGGGGGGCGGCCCUCAGGAGCCCCCGAACCCCCGGAUGAAGCGGGCCAGUUCGCUCAACUUCCUCAACAAGAGCACGGAGGAGCCCGUCCAGCCUGGAACCACCAACCUGUCGGACAGCCGGACGCUCAGCUCCAGCUCCGUGGAUCUCUCGCGGCGCAGCUCUCUCGUCGGCUAACGGGGAGACCCGCCCCCCGGCACCAUCCCGCUGCUUGUCACAUGUCGGGGGCGGAGGGGGGGCGUCCCUGUUUCUGCCCACCUCGAUUCUUCCCCU